GUUUGCUGUGGGUGAAAGUCCACUGUAGAUUACAAACACACCGCAUUGGGAUUUUUUUUUACACCGAACACCAUAUCCCGUCUCUUCAAGGAAUCCCCCCAUAAUUUCAGAUGGAACCUGCAGCAAGGAGAUGAGCCAGCUGGUUCAUGCUUCAGCACAAAGCGAGAGAGACUUCCAGUGUCUGUUGGCGUGUGUGUGCUAGAGAGUAUAUAUGUGUGUGUGUCUGCCGAGAGGAGAGAAGACUGCCUUCCAGCGKUGUGUGUGGGAGCGAUCGUGUUUCUUUGCUUGAGCUGGUGUGAGUGUGUGAGUUCUUUACUCUGAAUAGUAGGAGAAUGGCAGCUCGCUAGUGUGUGUUUAUGUGAAUGCAUGUGUAUGAGUGUUUGUUUUCCGAGUGAGUGUGUUGUGUUUCCUCCUCUCUGAGGAAUAGUAGGAGGGCAGCUCUCUCCCCCUGGCUGGGUGUGUGUGUGGAGAUGGCAGUGUGUGUGUGUGCUACCCUGCCCGCACUGCUCCUGCUCCUGAGCUACGGUGUGUGUGUGACGGUGGGAUACCCAUUCAGACCCCCCAUAGACCUGGACGUCACCCCCAGAAUCACCAUAACUACCAGAGGUCUGUUGGGCUGCAGACGUUUCCAGACCUCAGUAGUGAACUACAGUACACUGCUACUAGAGGAGGACAGGGGUCUUCUCUAUGUGGGGGCCCGUGGGGCCGCGUUCUCUCUCAACGCCACAGACAUCUCAGACAGCACAGCUCGCACUAUUGAAUGGGAAGCCUCGACAGAGCAAAAACAGCAGUGUCUGAGCAAAGGGAAAGACAAUAAGACAGAGUGUUAUAACCACAUCAGGUUUCUCCAGAGAUUUAACUCAACUCAUCUCUACAUGUGUGGGACUUACGCCUUCAGACCUCUCUGUGCAUACAUAGAUGAGGGGAGGUUUAAAGUGUCAUCUGAGUUUGAGGAGGGCCGAGAGAAGUGUCCAUAUGGACCUGCUACAGGCUACACUGGCCUCAUCGUAGACCAGCAGAUGUACACAGCAUCUCAGUAUGAGUUCCGCGGCUCUCCGGACGUCCGACGUAACUUCCCCUCCCCCACAGUGAGGACAGAGGAGGCACCCACACGCUGGUUAGAUGAGGCUGACUUUGUGGGCAGUGCCCUGGUGAGGGAGAGUGAGGGCAGUACCACUGGAGAUGACGAUAAAAUCUACUACUUCUUUACUGAGAAGAGCCAGGAGCAGACACCAUACUACAGCCACAUUAGAGUGGCACGGGUUGGACGAGUCUGUAAGGGAGACAGAGGAGGUCUUUUGACCCUCCAGAAGAGGUGGACAUCGUUCCUGAAGGCCAGACUGGUGUGUUCCCUGCCGGAAUAUGACUUCCACUUCAACGUGUUGAGGAGUGUGUACACGCUGUCGGGGGACACACCUCAUGACACGCUGUUCUACGGCGUCUUUGGUCUCGAGUGGAAGAACGUGAAGGCGUCGGCAGUGUGCCAGUUUUCUCUGUCUGAGCUCCAGCGGGUGUUUGAUGGGCCCUACAUAGAGAACCAGGACUCUGGAGCAAAAUGGAGCGAGUACACUGGCAAGGUCCCUGAACCACGACCUGGAUCAUGUAUAACAGACCAGUUGAGAUCCAGAGGUAUCAACUCCUCCACCUCCCUGCCAGACGACGUGUUGAACUUUGUGAGGAGACACCCUCUGAUGUCCCAGCAAGUCAUGUCUACAGAGCAGCGUCCCCUGUUGUUUAGGAGGACCACAGACUACACCCAGCUGGCGGCUCACAGGGUGGAGGGGCUGGACGGGCAGAACUACCAUGUAUUGUUCAUGGGCACAGACGAUGGCUGGCUGCACAGAGCUGUGGAGGUCAAGGGUCAUCUACACAUCAUAGAGGAGCUUCAGCUGUUUGACCAACCACAGCCUGUGGAUAGCCUGGUCAUCUCACACACACAGAUGAGUGUGUAUGUAGGUUCUCCCUCUGGUGUGGUCCAGCUGCCUCUCUCCACCUGUAGCAGGUACACCUCCUGUUACGACUGUGUCUUCUCCCGGGACCCUUACUGUGGCUGGGAUGGACAGGACUGUGUGGACAUCACAGCACAGACUGACAGGUCUAACCUGAGUCAGGACGUCCUGUAUGGAAACAGAGGAUGUGACAGCGACACAGCAGACGAGCUGGUCCAGCACCGGAGCCGGUCUGUGAUGGUGGGAGAUGACGUGCUGCUCCAGUGUGAACUCGGCUCCAACCUGGCAAUCCCAGUGUGGACUCUGGGSGGGUCAGAGCUGCAGGGCUACGGCCUGGACUCCGGCUUCAGAGUGGGAAACGAUGGCCUCCUGGUCAUUGAGUCCCGACCUGAGCAGAGCGGCGAGUACACCUGCCACGCCCUCGAGAACGGCAUCCGGAUCGCCGUGGUUACGUACUCUGUGACAGUUCGUUUAGACAUGCCCCAACCCCCUCCCCCGCUCAUGGACCCCACCAAGGAAGACUACUCCUACUACACCCCCUGGGACUCUGACUCAUCCACCCUUGACCCCCCUCCACCCAGCGCACCCCCCUCCUCAGAGAGACCCCUGCUACCCCCUCCCCCGGCCCAUCUCCCCCCCACCUCGGAGCUGCUCUCCCCCAGGAGCAUGGAGGCUAUGUACCUGUCCAUGAUCACCAUCCUGGGGGGUCUGUGUCUGGUUCUCACCGUCGUUCUCCUCUACGUGGGCUUCUGUCUUCGGGGCGGCCACAGGGGGAAGUACUCUCUCCGCGCUGCCGCCGCCGCCUCUGCCAAUCACACGGACAGGAAGAAAAAACACAGGAAGCAGAAUCAGAAACGCCACAGUAGCUCCGCCCACCUCGAGCUCAAGACCAUCUCCAGCCACUGUAAUGGGAACGGGAUCUGUAAUGGUAAUGGUGUCUCCAAACAACCGGGGGACGGUGACGCGCAUGAAGGGGGCUUCCUCCAGAUCGUCCCUGGGGAGGGCCAGUCGUCCCCCAACAAGGACCCCCCACCCCCUGCCCCUCCUCUCCCCCCGCCUCCUCAGACCCCCCACACCGCCCUCAACCAAUCAGAGUGUGACUUGCAAGACUUCCCCAGCCCCAACGGCCUAUCGGCGACGUUACCCAGCGUCUUGCGGAGGAUGCACGGUAACAGCUACGUGUUGUUAAGACAGAGUGACGCAGACAGCAGCUCUCCUCUCUGCUACUCCUUCACUGAGGAACUCAACAGGAUCCUAGAGAAGAGGAAACACACACAGCUGCUGCCCAAACCGGACGAGAGCUCUGUGUAGUAGAGGGAAUCUGUGUCUGGGAGGUAGCUCCCCCUGUGGUGGGAGGACUGAACUGGGACAUUAAUAUAGGCCAUUUAGCAGAUCCAAAGCGACUUACAUCAGUGAGUACAUACAUUUUGUAUUGGUGGCCCCAGCGACAAUUGAACCUAUGACUCGGUCAUUACAUGCUGAAGGGCCUGUUGUAAGGCUCUGACUUUAUCUCCUUCUCCACAUCAAGAACAGUAAUACUCAUCGGGAGGAACUUGAGAAACUGGCCCCAAACCGAGGGGUGUAGAGAUCAUUUGUGGAUGAUCCAUGCUGCUCACAGAGUAAAUGGGCUCUAGGCAAGUCUAUAUAACAGCUAGCCUGAACUGAAUUAUGAGAGAGGGAGAUAGCCUGCCAUUUGUCCUACUUAAAGGCCCAGUGCAGUCAAAAUGCUUUUUCCUGUCUUUUGUAUAAUAUUGUACAACAGUUGAUGAAACUAACACUGUAAAAGUGUGACUUUUUUUWAAAAUCAGUGUUAUUUCCUGAUAUUUGCUAGUUGGAAAUACAGUCGUCUAAUCAACCUGUUUGCAUUGGUGGGAGUUUCGGCUUGCCUGGUGACAUCACCAGGCAGUAAAUUAGUUAAUAGACCAAUAACAAAGAGAGUUUCUAACCUCUCUGCCAAUAACAGCUAGUUUUAAGUUUUCCCCUCCCCACACAGACCACUCCUAGACAGUCCUAAGAAAAGUCUUGCUUGAAAAAUGGUUAUUUGCUAAAAAGCAGUUUUUGUCCAUUUUAAGGUAAGGUACUUAAUUGUUACCUAGAAAUGGUCGCUUGCAUGUGUGUUGGAAUAACAACUAUGUUUCAAAAGAGGAGAUUUCUGCACAAUAUUCAACCUUCCUAGGAGCUAUUCUUGUAUCGCUUUCUCCUGUUUGACACCCAAAGCCAUGGGUUACAGUGAGGACUCGCAUAAGAUAAGCCUGCCUAGGAGAGACAGAGAGAACCUACCUCAACUCUGCAAAACUUAGCAGGCUAGAGCUAACCCAGCUCACGUCAAUACGGCUCAGUCUGGAUCAAUAAAAGACUAGCCCUGGGGGGGGUGAUUCAGGGAGCAGGCCUCAGAUCUCAGCCCCAGAAUAAGGUUCCUCGCUGGGCAGGACACAAGUGGCUGUGAAGUCUCAACACAGACCAUGGUAACAAGGAGGAAGAGGCUCAUGGGAAUAUGAAGUUGUUGUGAAUUGUGACAAUGGCCUUGAAUUGGCUUGUGUUUUAAAAUGGAGGCAGAUGUCCGAAGGAGGGACAAGAUGUGUUUUAACGAUGGUGUGCUCUACACCUUUUUAGCAGGUUUCAUAUUAGAACAUUGAGGGGAAAAGUGUAUUUCUUUUUAUUCUUAGAAUUUCUCGUUGUAAAUUAUCUUUAUUGAUUACAAUGGUAACACAAACUGUAAUAACCACAUUCAAGUAUUAUUAUUAACAUAUAGCAACGUUUAACCCAAGACAGAGAGAGUAUCCAAUGAAAAUACCCUUUGAACAUUAUAUUUGUGAAAGGAAAUAUGACAGUAUUAACCGUUUUUAUGCACUUUCAAUGCCAUUUGCUUCAGACAUUCCUUGGUUAUUAUGUACUCAAAUCAAUGGACACUACAAGCACAUCAGGACUAUGGGAGAUUCAACAUCACACCCUGUCAAGAGACCACACCAUCAACUGAGUUGGAGCUAAUGGAUUAGCAGCACCGCUACACUACUGACUCUCUUUCUCCUAACCAACUCCAACUAAUGUGUCUGAACUGGGGUUGGCAAAAUUCCCAGUUCUGAACUCUACCAUGACAUCACAGCUCAGCCACAGAGGAUCAGACAUCACUUCCGGUUCAUGGCCAUAACAACUUAUAGGCUACACACCUGAGACCUGAGAGAUGCUAUCUAGUUUGGGGCCUGUCUGUUUCAAAUAGAUCUUGCUCCAGCAAUUCUCAAAUAUGGUGUGAUGUCUGGUACCGGGACAUGAAGAUCUUGCCAACUGGGAAUAGUGUAGCUUCAAAAUGUCAGGAUAACGUCACCGUUUGGAAUCAAAAACAGCUCCAGUGCAAUUGGAAGACAGCAAUUAUAAUCCGGAGUGAGUGAGGAAAAAGUCAAAUCCUCCCUUCUACAACCAGUUCACUGCUCUAUCCCAUCUUAACCUGAGAACUGGAGUUGACAUGGAUACCUCAGUAAGUAAUAUAGGUCAUGGUACAGUACAACUACUCUCUGCAACCUAACCUGUGCUGUUCACCACAAGAUACAGGAGCAAACUGGGGAAAGUGGCAUUUAAUGGUCCUGGUCUUCACCUCAAACUACUCUGCCCUCUCUAUAGCCCUCUCUGUAAAGAUGACAAACCAUCACAACAUGGAUGCUUACUAAUAGGAUGGGGGACCAUCAUAAACUGUUGUCAGAUUUUAAAAGGACUGCACUAUUAGUGCCACUAUGUUCUUUGAAGAUAAACAUUUAGAAGGGGAAAAAAGCAUUUAUAUUGUGAUUUUGUACCAAGUUGCUCUUCUAUUGCCGUUGUUGUUUUAAAGCCAUUUGUAAGAGGCUCUGAUGUGGGUCUCAGUCCAUUAGUGUUGCACAAGUAGUCUAAUAACACUGUUGAACAGGGGUCUCCAACUCUGGUCCUGGAGAUCUAUGAGUGGUGCAGGCUUUUGUUCCAGCCCAGCGCCAACACAGCUGAUGCAACUUAUUAUGGUCCAGAGUCGGCCUGAAAACUAUGAUGAAUUGAUUUUGUUUAGUAGGUAUGUUCGUGAUGGAUUGAAGCAAAACCCUGCACAUCCAGAUGCUCUCCAGGGCCAGGGUUUGGGGAAACCUGUUGUAGAAGCAUGGUAGGUUAGCCAACAGCAUGAUGAACAGAAUAUACCACCAUAGCUAUAAGGCUUAAAUUCCAAAAUAAUAAAAUGUGACCGAUGAUGAGACUGUU